GAACCAAACUAGGGAACAACAAAGAAAUGUGCAUGAAAACAAACAACCAAAUCUUUAAACAUCAACAACACUCUUGAGAUAUUCAAAUCAAGUCAAUAAGCCAGUAAAUCGAAAUAAUGACAAACACUUUUCUCAUCACGGGAGCGACCGGUAAACAAGGGGGAGCAGCAAUUGAUGCUCUUCUCUCUGCUACUGGCUCGUCUGAUAUUACCAUAUUUGCUCUGACUCGCAACGUCGAAUCACCAGCAGCAGAGAAAUUAGCCAAGAAAUCCGACAAGAUCAAACUUCUUCAGGGCGAUCUAAAUGACUGUCCUGCAAUUUUCGAAGCGGCUCCUCAGCCCAUCAAGAGCGUCUUCUGCGUUACCAUGCCCAACAUGGGGUUUGGCAAUGCCGGCGUGAGCGAAGAAGAGAAAGGCAUGGCUUUUAUCGACGCGUCCAUACAGCAUGGCGUAGAACAUUUCGUAUUCACGUCUGUGGAUCGUCACGGCGAAGAUUCCGAUAAUGAUCCAACGAACAUUCCACAUUUCAUCAGCAAAGCCAAUAUCGAGAAACAUUUGAAGGAGAAAAGUGCAGGGACCCAAAUGUCAUGGACCAUUCUGCGACCUGUCGCAUUUAUGGAGAACUUUGCCCCUGGACUCGUAGGCAAGAUUUUCCCGACCGCUUGGUGUGCUUCUUUAGCUCCGACUACCAAACUUCAGCUCGUCGCGACUGCCGAUAUUGGAUACUUUGCGGCUCAGGCAUUGCUCAACCCGAAGGAUUAUAAUGGACGCGCUAUCAGUCUAGCGGGCGACGAACUAACAUUCGGAGAAGCAAAUGAAAUAUUUGAAUCGAGACUUGGAAAGGAUAUCCCGAGAACAUUCAAUUUCGUUGGAUCUACUCUGCUCUGGGCGAUCAAAGAUGUUGGAUUGAUGUUCAGUUGGUUCGAAGAGAGGGGGUAUGCAGCCGAUAUCAAGGCUUUGAGAAAGGAACAUCCGGGACUCCAAAGUUUCGGUGACUGGUUGAAGACGAGUGGGUUGUAGGGAUUUUGACGAUGAAUGUCUGGUGUCAUAUGGGGUGUUAUUUCGGAGUUUGGAUCGUGGUACUUAUGACUAGUUUCGUUGACAAUUUGAAGCCCAUUGCGCAAGGAGAAUACUUCGGAUUUCGAAGCUCACAAGAAGGUAGCUGUUGUAGACAAAGCUUAGUGUAACGAAUUCAAUAGUGAUGAUGACCA